AUGGCGGUGGAGGUUGUCUCCUUCGGCGUGGUUGCUCUCGCUGCUGUUCUUCGUUCCCGGCUGCUCCCUCUCGUUCUCGUCGGUCUCGCUUCGAUGACCACGUCCUCCUCCUGCUCGGGAGCGCGAGGGAGAUCAUUACCCAUGGGGAGGGCGCCGUGCUGCGACAGGAAGGGUCUCAAGAAGGGGCCGUGGACGCCGGAGGAGGACAAACAGCUCGUCGACUUCAUCCAGGCCAACGGCCAUGGCAGCUGGCGCCUGCUCCCCAAGCUCGCAGAGCUGAACCGGUGCGGCAAGAGCUGCCGGCUACGGUGGACGAACUACCUGCGGCCGGACAUCAAGCGCGGGCCCUUCACCGCCGAGGAGCAGAAGUCCAUCGUCCAGCUCCACGGCAUCGUCGGCAACAAGUAA